AUGGGAAUAUUUGCGGAAUUUCCUGUUCUAUUCACUUUCCAUUUCCUUAUACGUGUCUUCUUACCGUUUACUCACGCUAAUGGCGAUAAGCCAGAGGAUGUAUCUGGAUCUCCGCCAUACCCACUUGAUACUAUUUACGGUGAAGCCGGCUACCUGAAUCUUGUGCGUCGCGUGUUGAAGGAGGGCGUUCUGCGGGAUGACAGAACUGGUACUGGCACUUGGUCCAUCUUCGGGCCUCAAAUGCGCUUUGAUCUUCGCUCCGGCGACUUUCCACUGCUCACAACUAAGCAGGCCCUUACUGGCGUACCCGUGGGAUCUAUCACCAACUUCGUGGUUGUAUAUGGUUAUAUCAGUGCUAAAGGCAUCUUCGAAUGGGCUCAUUGGACGUUCUUCCGUGGCAUUCUUGAGGAAUUGCUCUGGUUUAUCCGAGGCUCAACGGACUCAAAAGAACUUGCUGCGAAAAAAGUCUUCUUCUGGGAUGCCAAUGGAUCUCGUGCAUUCCUGGACCAGUUAGGAUUUACUGAUCGGGAAGAAGGUGCUGACUAUGCAAUAAUGUCUUUUUUGAUUUCUACUCUCUUAUUUGCCACGCCUAUUCUUGAUCUAGGUGACUUGGGUCCGGUCUAUGGGUUCCAGUGGAGACACGCCGGCGCCGAGUACGUCGACUGCAAGCAUGACUACACGGGCCAGGGUGUGGAUCAACUCGCUGAGGUUAUCAAGCGUAUUAAGGAGAAGCCGUGGGACCGCCGCCUUCUGAUCGUGGCAUGGAAUGCGAGAGAUCUCCACAAGAUGGUUCUCCCGCCGUGCCAUUGUCUUGUUCAGUUCUACGUUGCCAACGGGGAGCUCUCCUGCAUGCUCUAUCAGAGAUCGGGAGACAUGGGUCUCGGUGUGCCCUUCAACAUUGCAAGCUAUGCCCUACUGAUGUUGAUGAUAGCUCAUAUUACAGGACUGAAGCCGGGCGAUUUUGUCCACACAAUUGGUGACUGUCAUGUGUACACUAAUCACAAAGAGGCCUUAGAGGAACAAUUGAAACGUGUUCCGCGGCCCUUCCCCAGAUUAGUCAUUAAAAGGCAGGUGACGGAUAUUGAUGACUUCAAGGUAGAGGACUUUGAACUCGUUGGAUACAAACCCUACCCAAAAAUUCCAAUGAAGAUGGCCGUGUGA